GAAGGAACCAAACAACGGAUCGGCGGCAUUGCAGGUUUUGGGCUGCGGGUUUUUUGUUUUUGUUUUGUGUCCUUUCUUACGUGUAGCUUGAAGCAUCGCAGUGACAAACGGAAGAAUAAAUUGCCAUGCAUGUUUUUUGUGGACUUUCUGAACCGGAACUUAAGUGUGAACAACGGAACGUCGAAGCACAAUUUUCCCCGCCGCACAGCCUGCUGGGUAAUAUGUUAACGUCGGAAACGCGUUGAUUGGAGGUCCCCGCGUGUGGAGACAUGUCCGCCUCUCUGGCAGCAAAGAGGGACAAGAUCCAGAGAGAGGUGGAGGAACUGGAACGGAGUCUGUCUGUAACCAAUGCUGAACUGGAGCUCCUAAGCAGCGGGACAGAUGAUGACUCUGAUCGUGAGGAUGUGGAUACCCCAGCGGGACAGUCUGCAGCAGGUCUGUUGGCUGAGAGAGAGAAAAUCCAGAAAGAGAUCCAGAACCUGGAGGAAGUGCUGGGACCACACAGUCCCAUCAUUGUUUCAGAUGAUGAUUGCAGCACCAGUGAGGAGAGUGACCUUGGCCUGUCACCGUCAGUGGACUCAUGUCUUCAGAUGAACCUCGUGUACCAGCAGGUGGUCCAAGAGACUCUGGACCAGCUGGAGAAACUGCUAACACAAAACCAGAAGGAGCAGAAGGAGCUGGAAACUCAGCUGUCUGGACCGAUCAAAGAGCCUUCCAAACAGCAGCCCACCAACUCCUCCUACCAGCAGCCAAUGAAGAUGUAUCUAGGUCGCUUCCUAAAACCAUACUUCAAGGAUAAACUGACGGGACUGGGUCCUCCAGCCAAUCAGGAGGCGAAGGAAAAGGCGAGCAGGAUUGCAGGAUAUCUCGACGACAAGAAGCUGAAAAUAAAACGAUGGGAGAGCUGGCAGAAGACUCUCUUGAUCCAUGCAGUGUCUAGAGAGAGUCUGAGGAGACUCAUCCAGCCCAAACUCUCCAAGGUGGACUACCUGAGUCAGAAGUUGCUCUCCGUAGAGGAGGCAGACAGGCAGCUAAUCAGAGAGCAGAUAGACAGUUUGGAGAGAGAAAUCAACUUGCUCAGACAGAAGAAGGAAGAGGAGCUGAUUGGUGAUCGAUUUGAAGAAUAUGACUGGCAGAAAAUAUCCAACAUUGAUUUUGAAGAGACGAGGGAUGCAGGGGACAUCCGCUGUUUCUGGCAGAACUUCCUCCACCCGUCCAUUAAUAAGACUCGGUGGAGCCAGGAGGAGGUGCAGCAGCUAAAGGAGAUCAGCAGGAAACACGAAGAGAGACACUGGGAGAUCAUCGCUCAAGAGCUGGGGACUGGAAGAACGGCUUUCAUGUGUCUUCAGAUGUUCCAGCGUUUUGUCUCGGGAUCAUUAAAGCGUGGCAGCUGGACUCCGGCUGAAGAUGAUCUGCUGAGAGAGCUGGUGGACAAGAUGAGGAUCGGGAACUUCAUCCCAUACACACAGAUGAGUUACUUCAUGGAGGGUCGUGACCCUGCACAGUUGAUCUACAGGUGGAACCAAGUUUUAGACCCGAGCCUGAAGAGAGGGCCAUGGACCAAGCAGGAGGAUAAGCUUCUGCUACAAGCUGUGGCUCGUCACGGAGAGAAGAACUGGUGGAAGAUCAGAUUGGAGGUUCCCGGACGCACUGAUGGAGGCUGCAGAGACAGGUAUUAUGACUGUCUGAAGGCGGGGACAAAAAGAGGCCCAUUCGACAGGAAGGAGAGAGAGCUGCUAAUGGAGCUGGUGGAGAAACAUGGAGUCGGUCACUGGGCAAAGAUCGCAGCUGAGAUUCCCAACCGUAUCGAUGCUCAGUGUAUGAGGACAUGGAGGCAAAUGACCAAAGCUGCAGAUGAGAAAUUAGGGUGUGCUAGAAAACCACAGAGGAAACGUGGAGGAGAUGAGAAGAAGAAGAAGGCUGCUAAAACCAACAACAACAUCAGGAGACGCCUCAAGGCAAUAAAAGAAGAAGUGAUUAGUGAGGAGGAGGAGGAAGAGAUGGCGAUAGAAUACAUGGACAGUGAUGAUGAGAAGAAAAAGAAGACGAAAAAGACAGAGGUACCAGAAGUGGAGAAACUAGUGGAAGUGGAAGAGGAGCAGAAGGAGGAGGAAUUGGAGGAAGAAUAUACGUUCCCACCCAUGCAGGAAUGGAUUCCAGUUGAAAGAGCCCAACCAUUUACUUUCUUGAACUUUCGUCCAGUGGUGUUGGCUUCCUCCAACGAGUCUAACAAUGACAAGUUAGUGCGGUCAACCAUUUUGGGGAAGUCUGGACGCUCUGUAAUCAUCGGCCCACCUCCCAGGGAGCUGCGAUGGGAAGAACGCCACGACAGCGGCGCCAUGAUGAUGGUGUCACCUGACCAGCUCCAAGCCCACUUGCACAAUCAAGCACGGAGGUUUUACAGUAGGUCUAAAUGUAAGACAAAGACUUCCCAAACCAGCAGGCCACUCUUUAUGAAAGGAAUGACUGGCCAGGGGAUAGACCUCAUGCUUCAGGCUGCAGUGACACCAUGGAUUGGCAACCUGCUGAUCCCAGCCAGCACCAAAAGAAUGGCAGCAGAUGUCCUGAGGGAGCGAGCAGAGAAGAAAGAGCUUUCUUCAACAUCUGUCUUCACGCUGUUCCUCAAAGUCAUGAAUGUGGAUGUCAUGGGUUGUAAGGAGAUGAUAGAGCGGAGGCAAAGCGGGGUGACGUUAAUGACUCCACCUUCCAAUCCUCCUCCUGGCAAAUUUAAGAAUCCAAAUACUGUGGCAGGAAUACUUCAGCGAAUGCAUUUGGGCAUGCAGGAGCCAUCUCAGGCAGACAGGUGGUGCAGACAAACUCCUCCUCCUCAGCUCCACCCAUCAAUUGUUACUGAGGUGCCUCCUAACAUGCGGACUCAAGUUGCUCCUUUGUCAUUUCCUCAGCCUCCCUCAAUUCCUCAUUCUGACUCACAGAUGAAUGCUGCUUUCUCUCCAGCUCAACACACAUCUCGGCAUGCAGGGGUCACUAUUUCUCCAUUUGCUCUUCCUGCUGCUUGUCAGAGGCAGACUACCACUCCAGUUUUUGUGGUCUCAACGCUCCAGAAUGUCUCCUCUACCUGUAACCAACAGGCUGUACCUUUGACCCAAAGCCUCACAGCCUCAUUGCUCCCAUUCCUUAAUCAGCCUAUUAGCCCCUCACAAACUGCUGUCCUCUCCCCUCCUGCCUGUCCCCGCCAACUUUGCCUUUCCCCCUCCACCCUAAAUCUACCCAGAAAAAAGCAAACAGAGAAUCACGAGAGUCAGAAUGGGGCUGUACAUGCAGGUGAGGAGGGAGAAGUUAGUAUGAGCAAGGACAGAAAGAAGACUCCGAAUCUCAGUCAGAAGGCCAGAGCUCCACGCCAAGUCACUAAAGCAAAGGCUAAAGUAAAAAAGACGGCAAAGUCUGCUCCAUUAAAGAUGGCCAGUCCUCCCAUCGAGCUGCUACCUCAGACUGUUCACUCCUCCCAAACCACACCUCCUACAGCUCAUCCAGUUGAUGUUAUCCCUUCUUCAUUAGUCACAUCUCUUCGUCUCACGCCGAAUGACUCUUCAACUUCUUCUAACCUGUCCUUCCCAUCACGCCAGUCUGCCACGCCUUCCCACUCUGACGGAGCCAUGUCUUCAACUCUAAACUUUAGUUUAGUCCCACUCUCCUCCAGUGUGACCAGCCAACAUGCUGUUUCCUCCACUUCAUGCCCAAACUCCAGCGACCACAACUACACAUUUUUAACACCUAGCCCCACUGAGCAUGGGUCUGACUUGAGUCAGCCUUGUCCUGUCCCAAAGCAGCCAGACAGCAAUGUUCCAGAUGGCCAGGCCAGAGGAAAGAAAAGACCGAGGCAAGCAGCAGAAAAGCAGGAAGUGAUGAGAAACGAGGAUGACCAGUGUGUGGGCAGGACAAGUACAGGUGUGGACGGAAAGCGAAUUCGAAAGCCGACUCAUAAAGCCAAAGCUCUGCAGGAAGAUGCUCAGGCCAAGGCUGAAGCCAAGAAGAAAAAAUCUUCCACCUCAUCUCCUCGGCAGAAGCGUUCUCGCGGUGCAUACUCUAAAGAGAAAGCGAGCACACAGACUCCAGUUGCUGCUCCGGUGCCCAGGUUGCAUUUAUGUCCGGGUCAGUCGAUGUGGGUCAUGACUCCUACAGGCCUGGUCCAGCUUUCACAAGCCCCGUCCCAGGGCCUGGAGAUGGCGGUAAUAAACACUGUCCCUCCUUCCCCAGGGAGUAGUUUAAACCAACACACAGCCACAUCACCUGUCCAGCUCGCCACCAGAGGCCUGCGACCAAUUGCACCUAAACUGUCCUCUGGGCCUGUACCGAUAACCCUUCCAAAUCAGCCUCACCCACUUCCUGAGCCACCCGUUUGUAACCCAAGGCCUCUCGCCCCACCCUCAGUGCAGCCAUCUGACCUAGACCAUGGUCGCUACUCCCUCCCUUUUUGUUCCCCGCUGUCUUCCACUAACUUCUCACCGCGGGGCACAGUCAGAGUGGAUGCCCCACAGUCCAGGCCACUGAGGAAGGAGGUGCUGGAGAUCGACCCCUCUCUUAUGUUCGUGGAAUCCCCAGCAGCCAUAAAUGACUGGCUAAGUGGGUCAGGAGGGGUGGUAGUACCAGGAUUGAGCUUGUCCCUGCCCUACCUUCCACCCUUUGUCAGCAAUCUGAGCAUGUUCAGUGGACUGCUUCGUGCCAAGAAGUCCCUAACCAGGUCGUCCCUGCAGCUGGUGCGUGAGGGCAACAAAUCCAGAUGGCCCCAGACCAAUUCCAAGCCUGACAGCAGCACAAAGAACGGCUCCAAUGACCCUCCGCCUCAACCUCCACCAGACCUGCCGGACUCCACCUCAGACAUCACACCCGCCGAGAAACAACCAGCUUCCCCCGCAGCCACCCCUGUCAGCUCUGACCACCUGGAGCAGCAGGAGAAGAAUGAGGAGGAAGAGGAGGAGGAGCUGGUGGCAGCAGUGCGUCACCUGGUAGCUGAGCGUUUCUCAAAUAAUCCUGCCUACCAGUUGCUGAAGGCACGCUUUCUGUCUUGUUUUACUCUCCCCGCACUCCUGGCUACCAUGCCACCAGUCCCAAAGGUUGAAACCUGCCAGACCAAUCAGGAAGAGGAGCAGGAAGAGGAGGUGGAGGAGGAAGGAGAAGAAGAAGUGGAGCUAAGGAAACUCAAAGAAAUGGCAAAACUGAGGAGAGCUGAGAAAUCACUGCAACUGCUGUGUGACAGCUCUGGAGCUUCAGCCAGUCACUUUUCAGGGAUCACAGAUGUCACCAGACCCACGUCGGACCAGACCUGACCAGACGAGCAGAAACUAAAGAAAACCGAAAAGGCACUUUCUGGGGAAAAUGUGUUCAUCUAUACAUUCAGGUCACAUGUUCAGUUCCUCAGGUGAAAAUGACUUUAGUAUGUAAUCAUUUAUACAUCUGUUUUUAUAUCAAUGAAAACACUUUCCUGGGCGACUUCACAAACAGAUACAAUGUUCUGUUUUAUUAGGUGCAUUCAGGGACCCUCAAAAUGCGACUUUUGAGUGCAGUGAUGAUGUUUGGAGGAGUUGGUUUUCUAAGAAUGGGAAGCUUAGUUCUUACAGACUGAAGUGAGACUGAUGUCUUUAUAAAGGAUGACUGUGGUCGGCAGGGAGUAAAAGGAACUGAGUGUUAGUGUUGAAUAUGUGUAGCAACUUAAGAAUGAGUUCAAAACUCACUAAAUUGCACUAAAAAAUGUUUGUUUUGGUUUUGUUUUUUUGCUGCUGCUGCUGAAAUUUUUCAGCUUCUGUACACAAAUGUUGUUUUAUUUUCGAA